CUGCAUUGUGUUUGUGCCGCCGUCGUGGGAACAGAGCUCAGAGCACUUGAAGGGAGACCAGCCGAGGCUAGGGCGUAUUCUUACAUUUCGUUCACAGUUUAGCAUUAUCGGAGCAGCAGAAUGACAGAUAAAAUGGAUAUGUCCUUAGACGACAUUAUCAAACAGAACAGGCAGCAGAGAGGCGGAGGCCGCGGUGGAAGAGGCCGAGGCCGCGGAGGUCCAGGCGGCGGCCGCGGUGGAGGCCCCGGGCGUCUCGGACUCGGCGGAGGAUUUGGAGGCCGUGGCGGCGGAUCCGGCCCCAUGAGGAACCGACAGAACCUGAACCGCGGUAGAGGCAGACCAACGCCUUACAGCAGGCCGAAACAGCUCCCCGAUAAGUGGCAGCAUGACAUGUUCGACAAUGGUUACGGCGGCUUCAAUGGUGCUGCUGGAGGCGGUGGAGGAGCUGGUGUGGAAACUGGAGGAAAGCUCCUUGUCUCCAAUCUCGACUUUGGGGUCUCAGAUGCUGACAUCCAGGAACUCUUCGCUGAAUUUGGGACACUGAAAAAAGCCGCCGUUCACUAUGACCGAUCAGGAAGAAGUUUGGGAACUGCAGAUGUCCAUUUUGAAAGGAGGGCAGAUGCACUUAAGGCCAUGAAACAGUACAAUGGCAUCCCGCUGGAUGGGCGGCCCAUGAACAUACAGCUCGUCACAUCACAGAUUGACACACAGAGGCGACCUAUACAGGGUCUGAACAGAGGGGGCGGAGGCAUGGGGAUGGGCAUGAACAGAAGUCGUGGCGGGCCCUUCGGAGGCAUGCAGAGAGGCCGUGGGGGCCGUGGCGCCGGCGGUCUCCGGGGCAGGGGAAGAGGAGGCCGUGGUGGAACUAGCAAGCAACAGUUGUCAGCAGAGGAGCUUGAUGCACAGUUAGAUGCCUACAAUGCCAGGAUGGACACCAGCUAAAAGAUAUCAACUUCUCCUGGGUUGUCGUCCCUUCCUGUCUGCACAGAAGGGUGGUUGUUACAAAUGUGCAGAAUAUUUUACACAUGGUUGUCUUCUGAUGUGAUUGAAAUUGUAUUGACCUAUUCUUUUAAAUGCUCCAAAGUGUUUUUUACCAGUUUUUUUUCUCUUUUUUGUUUUGUUUUGUUUUUUUUUUCCUUUUGAUGAAAAUGGUUUUGGCUGUUGGUUAUUGACUUGGGUUUUCCCAAUUCUUCCCUUUACCCUGUAGUAAACGAACUUGUAAUAAAAAAUAAAAAAAAACCUGCAGUGCAUAUUAACCAAA